AUGUCUGCUGCUACAAAACGAUAUAAUGGCGACAAAUUGCCUGACAAUAUAUUGAAGUACAUAAAGGGAGGAAGCUUUGAAGGUACAAACCGAGAUUAUAUGAUUAAAUUUAUUGAAGACCUUCAUCAAACAGGAAAAGGAGGAACAAUGUUGGGCCAAGCUAAACAAUUGUUGCUUGAUAUCAGUAAAUGUUGGGAUCGUUUUGAAGUUAUCCGAACAAAGCAAAUGGUAUAUAUGAGCAGGAUGAUAAAAUGCGAAGAAAUCAUUGAAAUUCUACAAAGUAAUAAUACAUCGGCAAAACAAGACUAUUUGACAAAACUUUGCGUGCAAUUCCACGAUGAUUUCCGCCACACAUGCGAUUUUCGUGAAAAGUGCGAUAAGAAAAUCCAGCAAACAACAAUCGAAGACCAACAAAAACAACUUUUCUGGAACACUGGCAAGAUAGUCGAUGACGAUCCUGAAGUCUGUCAACCUUCUAUUGAGAUGUUCAAAGAAAAUCGACCACGUGAGCAUUGA